GAUUGGCUGCCACUUGCUCGCCUGAGCGAGAUCGGCGUGGCCCGCGCUGCGCUUGUAAAAGUGCUGCCAGUUGGCUCCGGAGUAGCCACAGCUCAUUGCGCCCCGCCGCCUUCGCAGUCUCCGUGCAAACCUCGCUGCAUCCCGGGCGGCAUGUCUCAGGCUGACUUUGAAAAAGCUGCUGAGGAGGUAAAGAACCUCAAGACCAAACCCACCGAUGAGGAGAUGCUGUUCAUCUACAGCCGCUACAAACAAGCAACUGUAGGUGAUGUGAAUACAGAACGACCCGGGAUGUUGGACUUUAAAGGCAAGGCCAAGUGGGAUUCCUGGAAUGAGAUAAAAGGGACUUCCAAGGAAGAUGCCAUGAAAGCUUACAUUGACAAAGUCGAAGAGCUAAAGAAAAAAUACGGAGUAUAAGGGAGUGGAUCAGCUGCCAGCCACGCAUCUCACCUAAACUUUUAUAAUGCCUUGUUCUGUUUUUUUCUAAUGCGGUGACUCAAGUGAAGUCAUGAAAAUAACCAGUUAACCCGGUUGCCAAGGGUGCAGAGUACAGUUCUGACAGGAGAAAGUAAACUGGCCUUUGCUAAGUAGUUUUUAUCUGGAGAUCAAUUAAACGUACAUUUGUUACUAUAA